AUGCUCGAAGUAGUAGCAGCGCCUUGUUGUGCCGCAGCGCACAACAAAGCAGAACUACCGCGCGUAGCGACACCGGAAAAGAUGGAACAUAGAGAGGGCGAAAGGCUUAUUAGAGUCACGCUACAAAGAGAGGAAUUUCGUGAAAUUGCUCGUGCCCACUCGAGAAGUCCUAGCACCACCUCUUCUUCCUCAGGUUUUACUUUGAGUUCUCCUAUUCAUGAUCGAGAUGUUUCGAGUUCUGGUGGUGAGAGCAGAACUAAUGCACUUCGAGCCAUCUAUGGUAGUUCCAGCAAUUCAACGUGCAGAGGAGAAUCUGGAAGUACUAUAUUCACCAUGGAAGAAAUUUGUGAGGCUACAAAAAACUUUUCUCGUAGCUUUAGAAUUGGACAAGGUGGUUCCGCAACAGUCUACAAGGGUCGACUCAAAGAUGGAACUUUGGUUGCUGUUAAACGUAACAAGAAUGACAGGUUACAAUACUUACUAAAAGAAUUUCGAAGUGAGAUCCAAACCUUAGCACUGGUGGAACAUCUAAAUAUUGUAAAAUUUUAUGGGUAUUUGGAGCAUGAAGAUGAAAGGAUUCUUGUUGUCGAGCACGUUCCAAAUGGAACCCUUAGAGAACACUUGGACUGUGUGCACGGUAAUGUUCUUGAUUUUGCUGUGAGGUUAGAUAUAGCAAUAAACGUGGCACACGCGGUUACCUACCUCCACAUGUACACAGAUCAUCCUAUCAUCCAUAGAGAUAUCAAGUCUUCCAACAUUCUCCUCACGGAGAAUCUACGAGCGAAAGUAGCCGACUUUGGUUUUGCUCGGCUAGCAGCUGACUGCAGGCGUCCAAUCGAAACAAAACGGGAUCUGAAGGAACGCAUUACUGCUAGAUGGGCUAUGAAGAAGUUUUCUGAUGGAGAUGCAAUCUUAACUUUGGAUCCGAGGCUACGAAGGUCUCCUGCAAUUAACUUUAUGAUGGAAAAGAUUCUUGAAAUAGCCUUUCAAUGUUUGGCUCCUCAUCGACGUAACAGGCCUACCAUGAAGAAGUGUGCGAAGAUUCUUUGGAGCAUUCGCAAGGAUUACAAGGAAUUCUCAACUUCAGAUAUCCCUUCGCUCAUGUCACACGUUUUCUAUAAUGUGAAUUAUGCCGCACGUGUACGGUGUCAAGUUUUGUAA